CUGACAGCUCCGGUUUUCAGCACCGUGUGACUUGUGCACUUCAACGGCCAUGCAGGUGCAUGUACUGACUCUGUACAGGGAAAUGAUUGCUACAGUAGUCAGUGGUGUGUUGAGGAGCUGGGACUGGCUUGCGAAAGGCUGUAUCCAUCCUAUUCCUGAACCAGUCGUGGAAAUACCGUGAGCAGUGAGUGAUAAGCUUCUUCUCCUGCUCCUCCUUCGCGUCCUCCUCCGUUUCUUCGAGAGCGACCGCUGAUAAAAUGGGUUGUGACGACAGGCGUUACAUAGAUCGGAGCCGCUAUCGAUUUUCCAUUCAUGCAACCCGUCGCCAACAUACCCGGGUCCUACCGCUCCUGGUUAUUGCGAGCUGGCUCGGGUGCUUCCUUGACACUGGCAGCGGGUUAUCUUCCGAAACCGAUGUAGCUGUUGUGUUCGUGGAUGUUUAUCAGGGCAGCAGCGAGAGAACGUGCGGCAGCGAAGCGAAUCCGUGUGAUUUGGUAAGUCGUGCUCUGGACCAUGUGAACCUGGUGAAUCAUAGUACAAUCCUGAUCAACCUUUCGGCAACCCGCAGAGGUUCGGAGAACUUCGUUCAACCAGACAGAGUCGAUAGUCGAAGCAACAUCAUUGUAAACGGUAUGGCGGCUGGGAUCAUAUCAGUUGAGUACAACAAAAGUCCUGCUGACCCAAAUGCCAUCUGGCUGGACUUCGUCAACUGUAGCUACGUCACGAUUCAACACCUGCAGCUCAAUCUGGAGAACUUCACAGGUGAUUCUGCAGUAGCGUUCAGGUCUUCCAUGAGUUGCUCCGUGGAAAACAGCAUGUUCAUGUACGCCCCGCUCAACUGUAGCACCAUAAAGGUGAUGAAUACCUGGCCUUUUCAGGCAUUACAGGUGUUGAUGCAUGGCAAAAACCAAAGUCAUCCUGCUCCACCACCUGCGGACCAAUGGUACACAAUAUCCACGAUAGCUAUAGAAGUCAACUGCAGCUACCAGACCUGUCUAUGGAACCGAUCAGCGAUCAAUAAUGUGGAGUGCUGCGCGAGCAGAGCUGCACUCAAUGACACUGCUACACAGACCUUUAGCAUCUCAGACUGUCAGUUCAAACAUCUGGGAAUUUUGCGUCCCAAUAUCAUCUACUAUCAUGACGGCGGAAUUGAAGGUGGCACCGCAAUCACCAUGUAUGCCGAACAUACUCUUAACAUGAUGCUAGACGUCGUUGACACCUUGUUCUUCGGCAAUAUAUCUCCGUUUGACACAACUGUAAAGAUUGAUCUUGACAAUGGCUGCACGAAUGGAAGACUCCACUUCAUUCGCUGCAGGUUUGAGUACAACGAAGGUUACAUCGGCGGAGGCAUCACCUACUUUGUGAACAGUAAUGGAGUGGCAUCAAACCAUCAACUGAUUCUAAAGGAUUCAACACUUGAUGGCAACUGGGCGAGCCUGGAAGGUGGUGCUCUUACGGCAUCCAUAGCGGAUGGUAACUCCAGCAUUGAGGUGGUGGUCAUCAUAAAUUGCACGUUCACUAACAACGUUGGCGGAACGGACUUGACGUCAGGAUUGAUAGGAGGCGCCUUGUCAAUCACAUCCUCUUCUGUCGCACUCAAUUUCUACGAUGGUGCACCCAUGCUGCGGGUUACAAACUCCACCUUCAAGUGGAACAGGGCAGUCUAUGGAUCAGCUAUUUACCUGAAGGGCAUGGAAGCAAUUCUGGACACAGUAACAAUGACGGGACAAAUAGAUGGAAGCUGCAUUCACACGUCCGUAUCUCGGACCACUUUAUGCGGGCAGCACUUCUACAGCAACAACAAGGACUCGGACUAUGGUGGAGUGUUCUCUCUGUACGAUUUCAGUCGGCUGGCCUUUGAAGAUAAUAUCAACAUCACAUUUGAGAACAAUUCAGCACUUGUGGGUGGAGGCAUUCUGUAUGCAGAUGAGACGUCUUCUACUCCAGAUAUCUCGCAGCACAUAUUCUUCUCGACGGACAUCGGUGAAAAGAAGGACUGCUUUUUGGCUACGUCAGGCCUGGCGACCUUCCAGUACAAUGGCACCAGCAGCGAUGGAAAGGUCACAUUCCGCAACAACACCGCCAAGUUUGGUUCAGCCAUCUUAGCUAACAGCUAUUCAGGAUGCCUGAAAAGUGCCAUGCUUUCACUCAACCAAACAUCGAAGCGCACCGAGAUUGGUAGAAGCUCAGGGAAUGUUGCAUCUGGUCCAGUUUGGAUGUUCCUAGCGAGUACAACAAGCCCAUGUCUAAAGCCACUAAUCACACAUCAUGAUCAUUACUGGCAUAUACCCACUCAAUGUGAUCGCCAAAUCCUUCAACAGGCGUAUCAGGAAAGUAACUACACACUCUUAUACGAACUAAUGGGUGAGCUGGAGGGAUUCAUAAACGGUAGCUUCCUCUUCCGUCAGAAUGUAUCUGGAGCCGCUGUUUUCCCAAGCGGGGACUACUUCUUCCUCAUGCCUUGGACAAGCACUCCCUGGCGGUGGUAUUACCCACGGAAAGCAAAUAACAACCAGGAAAAAACGCCCUGGUACGAUGCAGCUGAUGGCACGCUGGUGAACACUAGCCAUCUGGGGAACCUGACACUGUACCCAGCGCCUGGGGAAGUGUUCCGAAUUGAUGUUGACCUGGCUGACGUCUACUUCAACUUGGUGACUGCAGCAUGCAUACUCAAGGUCGACAGUGGUGAUGCUCUUAUCCAGCAUGGCGGGUACCAGUACAGCAGAACGGAUAUCGUCAACUUCGGUACUCUGAACACGUUGGCAAUAGCACUGGUUGGCAAACCGGGAACAGUGGGCACCCUGCGUCUGUCCGUCGACUCACAGAUACGUUCAAACACCUUCAUGAGUCUGAUCAUUCCCUUCAGACUUUCUCCUUGCCACUUGGGUUAUAAGCCAACUGCCAUGAUGGAAAACCUGACAUGGGCAAAGGAGUAUAUAGACACGUUCACCCUGACCAGGAUGGAUUUCAGCGAAGGCCCGUUGGCUUGUCAAUGCCUACAUGAUACGGCCGGUGUGCAUUCGUGUAAAGACGGUGCAGAUGUCACGAUGCAGUGGGAGUACUGGGCAGGUACGACUGAAGAAGUGAGUUACCUUCCAGCUGCACAGCGUGGAAUCAAACUGAUAACAGAUUUGGCGGCGGACGAAGAGCGGCACUCACGCCUGACCUUUGCUACCGGUGCGUGCACCAUGAGCUACUGCACCGACCACAACCGCACAAACUGGCAACUGCAAGAGGAGUGGCCGUGUUCGCCGCACCAGCACAGGAGUGGCCUGCUCUGCGGGCAGUGUGAACAGGGUUACUAUCUCACUGGCUUCUUCUCAUCGCCAUGCACCACUUGCUCUGCGUCAACUAGCAUCCGCAAUACUUUCUUUCUCUUCGUUGGAGUGUUCAUCUACAUCGGUGCAAUUAUCGCCAUAUUGGCGUACUUCCAAGUGGGUCGCACAUCCUGGUUUGAUUCCUGGGUCAACUACGAUCAGAUGUGUGCGUUCAUUAUCCGACGACAGAUACCAAUGACAACGUUCACAACAUUCUCAUUGCCAAUAUGCAUGCGCUGGCUAACACCAAGCCUCCAGGUGUGCCUCCUCUAUCUCACAACCGUGGCUAUCCUGCUCUGGAUCACGCUGAUUUUUCAGCUCAGCCGCCUGGGCAGCUUCAGACGAACAUUCCACACAAGUUCGUUGACGCCGACACUAUGGGCCAUGCUGAACUUCUGCUUCGCCAGUAGCGUGUUCCCGUCGUUCCUGCUGCUGUCGUGCCACUCGUUCAACAACAACUACGUGUUCUUUUCCGACGCCAGGGUUAAAUGUGGCUCGGCACGGCACGCGCCGUACAUUGUGACUAGCGUGCUCGUGCUGGGCAGCAUAUGCGUUGCGCUGCCUGUCGUGCUCUACGUCAAGCGCAACACGCCGCGCGUCAAGCCGCUGUUCGACGUCUACCUCGGCUACGUCAAGGAGAAUCGCACCUGGUGGAUUUUCUACAACAUGCUGCGACGGGUAGUUGUAGCCGUGCUGUCGGCCAUGAUCGACAAUGAGAGCCUGGUGCGCCAGAUACUGUUGGCUGCAAUCGUGCUCGUAAUGAUUAUCAUACAGUACUUUACUAAGCCAUACAAGAAGGAUACUGACAACGCCAUCGAGUUCCUGUGCCUAUCGAAUGCAGCACUUUUCGCCAUUGUCAACUUACCGUCCCCAUCAGAUGUCAAUGACAAUUACACCAUUCUCCUAUGGGUUGUGUUUGGCAUGCCGACACCUAUCCUUGUCGGUUACGCAGUCUACUUGAACCGUGAGAAGCUCAAGGAAACAUUGCCAAGCACUGGAUGUUGGAACAGGGCAAAGUGCGAGGCACGUCUCGCAACCGGGAAUGAUGACACAAGCGAGGCGACUCCGCUGACAACGUCGGAGCGAGUACGAGUGAAGAAAUGGAGCCUGCAGACCAAACCAGGAGAACUGCGUGACGACUUGCUCAUUGACACCUAACCCCAAGAAAUAUUUAUGUACUUUUAUCCUCUUUCGCCAGGUAAAACUGAUUCGAGUCUGAGAUAAUCAUACUAUAUAAUUAUUCCAAGAGUAUUUCACAAAGAUAUCCAACAUUCACAAAUUUCGCAAAGUCCACACCAGUUUCUACACAAAACCUAUACUUUCCACAGCACUGCACCAGGGAGGAUUUCAUUGGUGGCAACUUCGUAAGCAUGUCUAACCUUUAACUUAAGCGGCAGCUUUGGAAUAGCUUUAAUGCUGUGCAAUUAUGAGCGUGUGAUGAUUUCAGUUGAGACUGUCUGUAACAAGCCUUUCCAUUUGUUUCACAACUUCCGAUUUAUUUACCCUUAACAACCGGUAGUCUAUUAAUACCAACACCAUGUACAUGUAUGAAUCAGUACGAUCAUUUUCAGUCG